AUGAAUAUAAGUGAAAACAAAUACGUUACAUAUCAGUACAAAGACAAUACAACCAAUCUAAGUAAUUUCAUAUAUAAUAAUUCGACGUCACCUUCAUCAUCAACAGAGGACGAUAAUAAUUCGUUUUAUAUAAAAAGUCCUAUUUAUCCGUCGAAUAAUAAUAACAACACUAUUCCACGAACAACAAACGUGAACGCUGCAGAAUCGUUGAUCAUUAAUACUUGGUCUUUAGAAAAUGAAUUAAAUCUUGCAUCCGGGAAUGAUUAUUGCCACAGCCAUUAUAUAAGUCCAAUCGCAAAUAAUUCCGUUACACAAGACCAUAACAAUACUAUAAACAUAGACGCGGCAGAGCAAAAAGUUGUGAAAAGGCCGCGUAAAGUAAAUGCUUCCCGCAUAAAAAAGUCAGUAGCGGUGGGCGUAAAUCCGCCUAGCCCAUCAUUAUUGAAGCGUAGACGUCAAGCGGCCAAUGCUCGUGAACGUAAACGUAUGAAUGGAUUAAACGAAGCUUUCGAUCGCCUGCGUCAAGUAGUGCCCACGCCAGCUAUGGAUCAGAAGCUCUCUAAAUUUGAAACUUUACAAAUGGCUCAAACCUACAUAAUGGCAUUAGGUGAUAUGCUGCAACGUGAUCCUGAUAUAAACAAUGUUAACUAUAACAAUAGAAUUUACAGCCUGAAUUCUGCGAACAUGUCGUUGUCGUCGUCAUCGCCGUCGCCAUCGUCGUCGUCGUUGUUAUACACUAAUGACAUUAGUUUGCAAUGA